AUGGCUGAGCUCAUAUUCAGAUUGGAAAAUAAUCAAAGAUAUUUUGUCAAUUAUAAGUAUUGGGGUGGUGCUAAUUCUAGUGCCCCAAUACUUGUCUACUUGGGUGCAGAAACUGAAAUUUAUCCUUAUGUUGGAUUUAUGACAGAUAAUGCAAUUUCCCUUAAUGCUCUACUAGUGUACAUAGAGCAUCGGUACUACGGAAAAUCUGUGCCCUUUCAAUCAAGGGAAGCAUACAAAAACACAAGCACUUUGGGCUACUUCAACUCUGCACAAGCCCUUGCUGAUUAUGCGGCAGUGCUGAUACAUUUGAAGGAUAUAUUACAAGCUCAAAAGUCCCCGGUGAUUGUGAUUGGGGAAUCAUACGGUGGAAUGCUUGCUGCUUGGUUUCGGCUUAAAUAUCCCCACAUUACCAUCGGGGCCUUGGCCUCUUCAGCUCCACUACUCUACUUUGAUAAUAUGACACCACAAACUGCUUAUCACGAUACUGUUACAAGGGAUUUCAAGGAAACAAGUGAGUCUUGCUACAAAUAUAUACUAAAUUCUUGGUCUGAAAUUGACCAAGUAGCAUCUCAGCCAUCUGGUCUAUCUAUUCUGAGCCAGAGAUUCAACACUUGCUAUCCCCUGGAACAGUCUAAAGAGUUGAAACGGUACCUGGAGUACAUAUAUACCUUCUCGGCUCAAUUUGAUAUUUUCCCAGUUACGGACUUAUGUGAAGCCAUUGAUGGAGCAGCCUUUGGAAGUGACAUCCUUAGCAGGAUAUAUGGGGGUGUCGUUGCCUUCCAUGGAAACAGUACUUGCACAGUUAAUUCAGAUAAAUAUACUGUUACUGAUCAAGAUGCAUAUUUUGGUUGGAGAUGGCAGACAUGCAGUGAAAUGGUGAUGCCCAUUGGCAGUGACAAUUCUUCCAUGUUUGAACCUCAACCUUUCAACUUCACGAGCUUUGCUGCACAGUGCAAGAGAGAUUUUGGUGUCUUACCUCGCCGCCAUUGGAUUACUACCUACUAUGGAGGUCAGCAUAUAGAAUUGGUUCUUAAAAGGUUUUCGAGCAACAUCAUCUUCUCAAAUGGACUGAGAGAUCCUUGGAGUAGGGGCGGGGUUCUGAAUAAUAUAUCGGAUACUCUUGUCGCCCUUACCACAGCCAAUGGAACUCAUUGCAUGGAUCUUGAAUCUGCAAAUGAAAACGACCCGGAAUGGUUGGUUUAUCAGAGGAAGAAAGAGGUCGAUAUUAUCCAUGGAUGGAUUAGACAAUAUUAUGCUGAUCUCGAUGAUGCAUUGAAUGGACCAAAAUCUGAUAUAGCUGGGUUAUGGUAGAAAGAGAGAAUGACUUAGAUAAUUUUUUAUUAAUUGUAUGGUUGUGAUUUUAUGAAGAGGACUGUUCGUCCCCUGGGGGACAUCCGAUGAAGAGGACUGUGCUGCUUCAUAAAUCAUCACUCAUAACAAAUCAUGUAGGAAUAACUGUAUCUUGAACUAGGAAAUGCACUUUUUAAUGAAACCAAUGCUCUGCUUGAAAGAAAACUUGCUCUUUCAUGUUAAGAUUUUAUUAUCUUACCGUAUGUCCAAAUAAUUUUGUAAAGUUAGCUGUGACAUCAUAAUAGAAAACUUUGAACUUUUAAGCAACCAUAA